GCAGAGCCCCUCCCCCACAGACAACCAAAGCAAAGCUGCGGAGCCUUGGCUCCUAGCAUCCCUCCUGGCGGCUGCUUGCUCGGCAUCCUAAACCUUGGGCUGUAAAGGGCGGAGCUGGAGCCUGCGCUGUAGGGUCAAGUGGUACCCAGGAGAAUGAAGCAGGCCCUCGUGGACGAUACUGAGGAUGUGUCCCUGGACUUCGGCAAUGAAGAGGAGCUGGCUUUUAGGAAGGCCAAGAUCAGAAGACCCCAGAGCCUUGGCUAAAGGAUGGGUCUGGGCUCCAGCGGCAUCAGAGUCCAUCAGGCCUAACUCAGACUGGCUGGUGCCUGAUGACUCCCUGCAGCCUGGGCUGAGCAGACAGGGCCUGCUGAGUCAUCCCAUGAGCUUCCUUCUAUGUGAUACUGAGCCAACCGGCUGCUAAAGUUGGUCUAUGUCUUUAAGAAAAAGUAAAGAACAGAAACAAGAGGAGAAAACUGCGGUGGCCAGAGGGAAGUUGCUGUUCUUCACUUCCACACAUAAACCUCAGCUGCGCAGACUUUUAGUGGGAACUGUGAGUGCUUGGCAACCAGCAUCCACUCCAACAUCCUGAUGGCCCCAGGAUCCGCCCGUCCAGGCUCUGAUGAGUGCAGGAGGUCACGUUGUCAUCCGUCAUGACGGAGAUGGCCCUGCACCUGGAGCAUUCUACAGAAGAAUGAGAUACAGGAGCCUCGGUGGCAGGUCCUGAGUAUGCACAGCCCCGGGGCUCCUGGAGGGCACCCCCUGGCCACCUUCUUCCACCUGUUCUUCCGCGUGAGCGCCAUCGUCACCUACGUGUGCUGUGACUGGUUCAGCAGGAGCUUCGUGGGCUGCUUCGUCACUGUGCUUCUCCUUCUGUCCUUUGACUUCUGGUCUGUGAAGAAUGUAACUGGAAGACUCAUGGUGGGUCUUCGAUGGUGGAACCAGAUAGAUGAAGACGGAAAAAGCCACUGGAUAUUUGAAGCCAGAAAGGUCUCUCCGACCCACAUGGCCACCACUGAGGCAGAGGCGCGCAUCUUCUGGCUUGGCCUCAUCGUCUGCCCAGUGAUCUGGAUCGUGUUCUUCUUCAGCACCUUGUUCUCCUUGAAGCUGAAGUGGCUGGCUCUUGUGAUCGCUGGGAUUUCCCUCCAAGCUGCCAACCUCUAUGGCUACAUCCUUUGUAAGAUGGGGGGCGAGGGUGACAUCAGUACAGUUGCGGCCAGCUUUCUGUCCCAGACGGUGUUCCAGAUGGCAUCCCCAGGUGACAUUCAGAAGCCCGGGCUUGAAGGACUGGACAUCCACCAGCGUUAGCCUUAGGUGGCCAUGGUGAGAUCUACAAGAGGCCAUGUCUGGCCUGUGCCUCAACGACAGGUUAACGAAGCUAAAACAAACACCAUCUCCUCAGGUGUCCUAACUGGAUGAGCAGAGACCUCACAGUCUGGUCUUGGAGGUGAGGUUUGACUGGGACACACUGGUCAUUCAGUUUCACAACACCACUUCGUAGCCAUGGAACCAGAGAGCACAGGUCCAUCGGCCCCAUACAGACAAGGUCUGCUGGUCCUCGAUCUUACCUGCAUGCUUGGAAAACAGCCUCAGUAAACAUUCAAGUUAAGCAAUAUUUUUGCCAACUCCACCUCCAUCAGAUACACCUAUCUCACACCCUGCCCCCCAGGAAGGCUAACUCACCACUGGAGACCAGCCGGAGCCACUCUGGUGAACCUGUGGGGACAUGGCAGUCAUUCUUAUCACUGUGCACUCUGGUCACAUCAUCACUGACAAAGUGUCCAAAGAGGAUGGUUUCACACAGUGCGAUUCACCAUCCUGUACUGCAUCACUCAAUAAAAAAGGUUUUUAAAUUAUA